CAUUACAGUCAAUCAUCUAACAAAAUCCCACUCCUCUUUGCUGAUCGUUGAAAAGUAUCAAUAUAGUCAUAAUUAAUCAUCAUUUUGAUUAAAGUAUGGAAGAAAAAGACACUGUUUUUCUUCAUAAAUCCCUCUGGCAUUAGCCCCAUCACCUCUAAAUUUCAACCCAAAUUUCCACCACAAAGAAUUAGUCUUAUCUACAUUUCUAUUACCCAAAAUGGGGACAGAACCAACAUGGCAUGAAUUAUUAGGAAGCAACAACUGGGAAGGCCUUCUUGAUCCACUAGACCUCAAUCUCCGGCAACUCAUUCUCCGGUGUGGUGACUUUUGUCAAGCAACAUACGACGCUUUCAACAAUGACGAAAACUCCAAGUACUGUGGCAGUAGCCGUUACGGUAAAAGUUCAUUUUUCCACAAAGUCAUGUUCCCAUCCUCCUCAAAUUACCAUGUCUAUAGCUUCCUCUAUGCAACAGCUCGCGUUGGUGCUCACAAAGCACUUUUCCUCCACUCUCUAUCUCGCGAUUCAUGGGAUCGCGAAUCCAAUUGGAUUGGUUACAUAGCUGUAACGAACGAUGAAGUCAGUGAAAAACUCGGUCGUAGAGAAAUUUAUAUAGCGUUUCGUGGCACAACGAGGAAUUAUGAAUGGAUCAAUGUUCUUGGUGCCCGACCUGAAUCUGCUGAACCUCUGUUUCAUCCCAAAUCGCUAAAUAAAGCUGACCCUGAAGAUGAUAAUGAUGAUGAUGAUGAUGAUGCUGAUGAAAAUGAACCCAAAGUGAUGAAUGGGUGGCUAAAGAUUUAUGUUUCCAGUGACCCAAAUUCGUCAUUUACAAGAUUAAGUGCUAGAGCACAACUUCAGAUAAUGAUUGAAGAUUUAAGAGAACAAUAUAAAGAUGAGAAUCUGAGUAUAACUUUUACAGGUCACAGUCUUGGUGCAAGUUUAUCAAUUUUAGCUGCUUUUGAUCUUGUUGAAAAUGGGGUUACUGAUAUUCCGGUAUCCGCCAUUAUUUUCGGUAGUCCACAGGUAGGAAACAGGGCAUUCAACGAAAAGCUGAAAGAUUUCCCAAAUUUGAAGAUCUUACAUGUUAAGAACAAGAUUGAUCUCAUAACUCAUUAUCCAAGUUCUUUAUUGGGGUAUGUCAAUUCUGGGAUUGAGCUAGUGAUUGACUCCAGAAAAUCCCCAAGUUUGAAGGACUCCAAAAAUCCAAGUGACUGGCAUAAUUUGCAGGCAAUGUUGCAUAUUGUAGCUGGUUGGAAUGGGGAAGAUGAAGAAUUUGAGCUGAAAGUAAAGAGAAGUUUGGCUCUAGUGAAUAAGUCAAGUUCAAUAUUGAAAGAUGAGAUAUUGAUUCCAGGAUCAUGGUGGGUUGAGAAGAAUAAAGGGGUGGUUCUUGAUGAAGAUGGAGAAUGGACUCUUGCACCACCUUCAGAUGAGGAUAUUCCAAUCCCUGAGGUUUAUUCACUGGAAAAUGAUGCCAUAAGUAAACUGGCCGAAGAUGGAGUAUCACAAAUUCCUGAUGAUGGAAUCGAGAAUGAGGAGCAUCGGCAUAUUGCUAUCCUGAAAGAGAGUCGUUUCUUCAUUCACAGAACAAAAGCAGUAUUAAAACAGAGUUAUAAAGAAGGACACUUUGUGUUUAGACAAUUUGGCAAACACGGCUAGCUAGAAGCAGUUCUGUUUUACAGUGUUCAUCGUGAAAAAGAAGAUUGUAUGAAGUUAAAUUGACUUAUUAUAUUGCUUAAA